CAUUCAUUCGUUUUCGAACCUCAGCCUGAAGCAGACACAUUUUUACAAAAUUUCGGCAAGCCAAACUUUCAAGCGAAAUUUCCUGUUCCCGAAAAUAAAAUCCCGUUCCGCCUUCUGGGAGGCACAGCAAAGUUCAACCCCGCCCGCAAAAUGUUCACCACCCUUCGAAGCCUGGCCCGAGCGCAAGAAUCGGUGCUCAAGACGUACGGCAGCGCGGUUCUCCGCCACCGGUGCUAUGCCACCCUGGACAAGUGCGCCAGUCCGCCGUCCAAGGGGCUGAUUCUGGGAAUUUACCGCGACGAGGACGACAUGUUCGACACGGGCACGUUUACGCCGGCCGGGGCGCGGUACAAUGAGGCGUUGACGAACGGGCGACUGCUGGAUCUGAUCCGGCUGGCGGGGCCGAUCCCGAAGCGUGGCGAGGUCCGGGUGUUUUACGACUUGGAGCCCACGUUUAAGGCGGUUGCGGUUUGCGGUUUGGGCAGCGAUUGCUUGGGUUACGAGUCGGCGGAGAAGUUGGACGAGUCGAAGGAAGCGAUCCGGUUUGCGACGGCCAGCGGAUGUCGGGAGCUACAGAAGCUGGAGACGAACUUCAUCUACGUGGAAGACAUGGGCCACGCGGAGUCGGCGGCCGAGGGUGCGCACAUGGGCGUUUGGGUGAACCAGCAGUUGAAGAAGCCGAACAAGCGGUGGUUUGUCCCGCACUGCCAGCUGCACGUAGAUCCGGCGAUUCCGUGUGAUUCCGAUGGCUGGCGGAUUGGAGUUCUCAAGGCGGAGGCGCAGAACCUGGCCAGGCAGCUGCAGGAGAUGCCUUCGAAUCUGAUGACGCCCACGACUUUUGCGCAGAAUGUGGUGCAGCUUUUGGCCAAUUCUGGCGUCAACGUGGAGGUGAAGGUGAGGAGUUGGGCUGAAGCGCACGGGAUGUCUUCGUUUCUGGCAGUGGCUAAAGGAUCCUGUGAACCGCCGAUUUUCCUGGAGCUGAGCUACUACGGUGCUGGAAGCAAGGAACCGCCGAUCGUGCUGGUUGGCCAGGGCAACACAUUCGACAGUGGUGGUUUGUGCGCCAAGACGUGUGAUGAUAUGCAGCCGAUGCGGGGUGACAUGUCCGGAGCGGCGUGUGUCGUGGCUGCCUGUCGUGCCAUCGCAUCGCUAAAUCUUCCGGUGAACAUUCGGGGGUUGAUUCCGUUGUGCGAGCACAUGAUCGGUUGCAACGCGAUGAAACCGGGUGACGUGAUUGCGAUGAAGAACGGCAAGAGCAUCGAGGUGGUCAAUGCGGACUGUGAGGGCCCUUUGGUGCUGGUGGACGCGUUGCUGUACGCGGAAACGUUCGGACCAAAGUUUAUCGUGGACGUUUCGACGGCAUCGGAGCACGUGACCGACUCGUUUGGCAAAGUUUGCAGCGCCGUUUUCACCAACUCGGAACAGCUGUGGCAGCGGAUCAAGAACGCCGGCAUCCACACAGGUGAUCGCGUGUGGAGAUUACCUCUGUGGGACUACUUCACGGAACAGCUGCGAGCCGCCGAGCACGUGGACGUCCAAAACGUGGGACGCGGGGUCGGCGGUGAACCAUGCUCGCACGCGGCCUUCCUACGGGAAUUUCUCCCCUGCGGCCAGUGGAUGCAUAUCGAUGCUCACAACGUGAUGACUACGGAAGGACGAGACUAUCCUUACCUUCGCGAAGGAAUGGCGGGACGACCUACUCGAACGCUCAUUGAAUUCAUCGCCCAAGGUGCCUGCAAACAGUACACUUGCGGACAAAAACCCAGGCAUUAGAAAAUUAUAAUUUGUACUCUAUUUAUUUUGCACGAAUUACAAACAAAUGAAACUGUA